AUGUCUUCGACUUCUUCGAUUGAUCGACCUCACGAUCAUCAUUUCGUACAGAUUACGACUCCAAAGCAUGAGAGAGAGACCAAAGUUGUACCAUGCGUUGCAUCACAAUACACGUUGCAAUGGCGGAACUUGAGUCUCAAGACAUUGGUUUCGAAUCCCAACACGAAAGUAGUUGAAGAAAAGGUGAUUCUUUCCAAUGUAAGUGGCUAUGCCACCCCCGGCGAGUUAUUUGUCAUCAUGGGACCCUCGGGUGCAGGUAAAAGUACCCUUAUGGACUGUAUCUCUGGACGCAACAGUGCCGUUGAUGGAGAAAUUACAUUGAAUGGACAUCCGUGGAGUGACACGAGCAAACGAUUGGCUUCCUACGUCAUGCAGGACGAUUUAUUCUAUCAGACAAUUACGGUGAAGGAACACCUGGUGUUUCAAGCCAAGCUACGCAUGGGCAAGACAUUUACGGAGGAAGAGUAUAUGAAUCGUGUAGACGAGGUGAUGGAGGAAUUGGGACUCAUGAAGUGUCGGGAUACAUUGAUUGGCGGGAUAUCAUUGAGAGGCAUUUCGGGUGGAGAACGCAAGCGACUUUCAUUUGCAACAGAGAUCUUGACAAAUCCGUCGAUUUUGUUUGUGGACGAGCCGACAUCGGGCUUGGAUAGCUUUAUGGCAGAAACGGUCGUGAUGCAGCUUCAACGGAUUGCUCGUGGUGGUCGGACGGUCAUUGCGACGAUUCAUCAACCUUCCUCGGAGGUGUUUGCAUUGUUCGACCAGUUGUACUUAUUAUCGGAUGGUACUCCUGUCUAUCAAGGCAAAGCUCUAGACUCUGUUGAAUAUUUUUCGUCCUUGGGUUACGUGUGUCCGCCAAUGAUGAAUCCAACCGACUAUUUCAUGAAGCAGCUAGUCGUGAUUGACAAAGCUACCGAUCCGGCAGGUGUUGAACGCGUGGAGACGCUUAAGAAAGAAUGGGCACAGCGUCAGCUACUGCCUCAAGUUGACGCAUCCGAUGAAAGAUCUAUAGCAGAAAGACAUCAAGACUCACGGCUGGGUUUGUUUGGACAAGUUGGGGUAUUAGCGCAUCGGAAUGUCGUCCGCCUUGUACGUGAUCGUAUUGGUUUCCGUGCAGCAAUAUUCCAAACAAUUUUCAUCGCGAUCGUCGUAGGUCUAAUCUACUUGCAACUCAAGCUUGAUCAAAAAGGAAUUCAGAACUUCGCGGGUGGAUUUUUCUUCCUCAUCGUCAACCAGACAUUCAGCGCUGCCAAUCCAGUGUUCGUCUCUGUGCCGCUCGAACUGGCGAUUAUCAUUCGCGAGUACAAGGCAGGACUAUACUAUCUCUUCUCGUGGUAUCUCUCGAAAAACAUCAGCGAGAUACCAAUGCAAAUUUUCUUGCCUAUCGUGUUCUUCGUCCCGGUUUACUUCUUGAUUGGCAUUGGCCAUGGUUUUGACGUCUACUUUUACCAGCAAAUAAUCAUGAUCCUGGUCAACAGUUGCGCUGUGGGACUCGGCUACAUGGUUUCCUGCUUGGUUCGUCGCGUCGAAAUCGCCCCGAUCAUUGGAGUUGUCAUUAUUCUGCCAUUCUUGUUAUUCGGAGGACUGCUCAUUAACUCGGAUGACGCUCCCGUGUACUUUGUGUGGGUUCAAUAUUUGUCCCCGAUCAAAUACGGCUUUGAAGCUAUGAUGACGAUUUUCUGGAAACAGGUUCCGUCGAUUGCUUGCAAUGAUGCAAUUGAAAAUUGUACCGCUCGCUCAGGAUCAGACGUGCUGAAGAAUUUUAGCAUGGGGUCACGAUCGGCAUUCGUUGACGGUAUCAUCCUGAUAGCUAUCAACAUUGGCUUUCGUACCAUCGGGUUCCUCGGGUUGUGGCAAAAUUUACGUAAGCAAGGAUAA